AUGAUGCUACUGGGGUUUUGGGGCUUCUCCCAGAGCAAAAACUUACAACUUCUUUACGGAUGGGGAGAUCAGGUGGAUGAGAUUGCUAGGAUGGGGAGAUCCACUAUCCUAGAGAGCUUGGUUAGAUUCUGUGAUGCAAUUAAAACUCUCUACACAAGGGAUUACCUCUGCAAACCUACGCCUAGAGACCUCCAAAGGCUUCUACAAAAAGUUGGGGCUCAACUUUCCCAUGCAAGAUUGGAAGCAUCAACUGUAUGCACUUGCAAUGGAAGAAUUGCAACUGCCUGGCAAGGAGAUUAUGGGAAUAGAAAUGGCCAAAAAACUAUCAUUCUGGAAGCCAUUGCAUCAUUCGAUACAUGGGUUUGGCAUGCCUUUUUCUGA